CUUCCUUCCUGCGCGGAGACAGACAGACUUUCAGCUGAUAACCAACCAGUUACUUAGAGAGAGAGAGGGGGGGGUCGGAAAAUAUCAGCGGCCGGCAGAGCACACGGCGAGGGAAGAGCAGAGAGCCCGACCUCCGUGGCCCAGCGGGAUCAGACGGCUCCGUCCGGUCCGAGGAGGGAGGCAGCGAGGGUCGCUGAGCUCUCGGUUGCAGACCGCGGGCUGAACCGAAAGCUGGGAGUUCGGUGCGGGUAUGUGCCGGGAUGUGCAGCGAGGAUUUGAUGUGCGUGUAGUCUCCGGCUAUCGCGGGCUGCCUUCCAGAAUGUCCCAGUGACCAGCAACUCUCUUCGGACAACGGUUUGGUGUGACAUCUGGAGUCUAGGGGAUUCCACGCCGCUCCGACACACACACAUACACACACACACACACACACACACACACACACACAGAGGAACAAACACAGACGCUCUCUCACAUACAGCCACAAACACAGACACACAUAGGCAAACACACACACACACAGACAUUCAUACACACACAGAGGAACAGACACUCUCUCACAUACAGCCACAAACGCAGACACACACACAAACACAUAUUCUCACAAACUGACACAAAUAGGGAAACACAGUCAGACACACACACACACACACAGAUUCUCACAGACACAAAUAGGCAAACACAGUCGACGACUCACACAAACAAACACAGACACAUAAAGACAAACACACACAAACACAUAUAGACAGACAAACACGCAGACAGACACAAACAGGCAGCACACACACAGACAUAUAAGCAGUCAGGCACACGCAAACACACAAGGCACAUAAAGUCACACAGACAACCACACAAACACACACUGACACAGACAAACGCACACACACACAUACAAACGUAAUACACACACAGACCUAAACACACACAAGGACACAGCCCACCCACACCCACAAGAUCUUUGUGCUGGGAUUGCAUUGCAACAGCUAUUUCUCCUGGACUUUUAACUUUGCCAAGCAAGCGGCUCAGAAAGCUGCAAGUGUGUGAGCGUGUGGGUGUGUGGGUGUGGUUUGAUUGACAUUGGAGGCUCUGCCCUCUCGCCACACAUGUCCCCGGCAAGCAGGCAGUGAGGAGGCUGCGACAGACUGGCACAGCCCACGGACUGGGACCCCUCUGAAGCCGGGCACCAGCACCAGAGGACCAUGACACUCCGAGCAACCACCGAGCCUGCACAUCCCAGCUGCUGCUUGCAUUCCCCGAGUCUCCUGUAGGGAAGGGCAGAGGAGACUGGGACGGAUCGUUACACCUACCCCAUCCACACCUCCAUCCCAGGACAGGCUGCUUCUGCCGGAGCCCUCCGCAAUGAGCAGGAGGAUUGGGUAGGGGGGGUGGGGGGAGAGGGGAGAGUCCAGCGACCCGUGGGCUGCCCCACCCCAGGGUGCUAUGGCCGCCUGCACCCUGAGCACUCUGGGAGCGAUGAGCAACGAGGCCAAGGGCGAGGGGACCCCGCGGGGCGGGAGAUCGGCGCUGAAGGUGCCCGAGAGGCAUGUGUCCCGGUGCCACAUACGCCUGGGGCCCCCCUCGUCCGGCGAUGAGCCGGUGCGGGGGGCGGCGGCGGGACCCGGAGGCAGCGAGUGGCCCGACCCCUCCCGGAGACGCCACCUCGGGCCAGAGGGGAGGGAGAGGGAGGGCGGGGGCUGCGAGGCCAGGCAGGGGGGCAGGAGCCGGCGCUUCCAGGCCGGGAGGGCGUGGACGGACUCGGAUGGGACGGAUGGGGAGGAGACUGUCUGCCGCACGGGCUGCUGGGAGCUGUCCCACCAUCCGGCGGUCCAAGAGGAGCGACUGUGCCGGGGGUUCACCCAGGACUGCACCAUCGGAAGCUGGAAGGAACCUGGGGCUCGGAGCCCCACCCCCGAGAGGCCUGGGACCCCUCAGCAGGGGGCCGGCGGGGUGGAGAUCCCCCACGUCAUCAUCACGGAGCAUGGCAGCGACGGUUGCCGGGAGGCAGUGGAGGACGGCGAGCCCCCGGCCAGCUGGAGCUGCCUCCGCAAGCUGUCCUCAUCCUCCGCCUCCUCGGCCGGCUUCUCCUCAUCCUGGGACGAGUCGGAGGAGGACGUCUCCAGUGACACCGACAGGGCCGGAGAGGUCGGUGUGGCAACGCUACAAGCGGCAGACCAUCAGCCCAGGGCACGAGUGAGUAAAUCCUGGAGGAAGAUCAAAAACAUGGUGCACUGGUCUCCAUUCGUAAUGUCCUUCAAGAAACGGUAUCCAUGGAUACAGCUGGCAGGACACGCAGGUAGCUUCAAGCCCGGGGCCAACGGCAAGAUCCUGAAGAAGCACUGCGAGUGCGAGCAGCGCUGCCUCAGCCGCCUGAUGCAGGACGUCCUGCAGCCCUACGUCCCCGCCUACCACGGCGUGGUGGAGAAGGACGGCGAGAGGUACAACCAGAUGGACGACCUGCUGGCCGAGUUCGACCUGCCCUGUGUCAUGGACUGCAAAAUGGGAGUGAGGACCUACCUGGAGGAGGAGCUGAGCAAGGCGAGGAGGAAGCCCAGCCUGAGGCGCGACAUGUACCUGAAGAUGGUGGAGGUGGACCCUGAAGCCCCCACCGAGGAGGAACACGCCCAGAGGGCCGUCAUCAAACCCCGCUACAUGCAGUGGCGGGAGACCAUCAGCUCCACCGCCACGCUGGGCUUCAGGAUCGAGGGCGUCAAGAAGGAGGACGGAAGUGUGAACCGUGACUUCAAGAAAACAAAAACUAAAGACCAGGUGAUGGUGUCGUUCUGGGAGUUCACCAAGGGAAACAGAGAGAUCCUGGUGAAGUACCUCGACCGUCUGAAGCUGAUUCGGGACACGCUGGAGGUCUCUCCGUUCUUCCAGAGCCACGAGGUCAUCGGCAGCUCCCUGCUCUUCGUCCACGACCAACGUGCCCAGGCUAAGGUGUGGAUGAUCGACUUUGGGAAGACGAUGCCCCUGCCGGGGGGUCAGGUGCUGACCCACCGCCGGCCCUGGCAGGAGGGCAACAGGGAGGACGGCUACCUCUGGGGCAUGGACCACCUCAUCUCCAUCCUGAACGCCAUGCUGCAGUCACAGGACUGAUCCUGCCCGGCGCAGUCCGGAGACUUCCUCCCGCACUACAGAACAUUCCGGAAAACAGGAGGGUGGGGGGUGGAGCUUGUCCCCUCCCUCCCCAACCCCCCCACCACCCCCCACCAUCGCCGAGAGAGGUGGCAAACAGGUGGGAUUCACGGGGGGUGGUCGGCCCUCCUCCCCACCCACCCCUCCCUUCCCCCCGCACAGGAAGAGCCUGUGACGGACGAUUGACAGAAAGGGGGUGGGGGGAAGGGGGGGUGAUGGCGGGGGGUCAGGUUUGCUCUCGGGGUGGGGAGGAACCACGAGGCCAGGAGACGCGCGCCCGGCGCCCCCCCCCAGCAUCCGUCAUGAGCGGCAGGGCAGUCCCAAGACACGGAGUAACGAGAGACAGGAGGCCAGAGAACGUUCCGGAGCUUUCGCCCUGCUACUGUGGCCUGGCCGCCAGGUGUCCCAUCAUCACAACCCCCCCCCCAAGGAGGGGAUUGGGGGGGGUGGUCUGUGAGCUUCACCACGCGGGCUGAGGCCAUUCAGCCCUGCUCUGGGGCGAGUGGAUGCUGUUCCUUGUGGUGCUGUGGGUGUCGUAGGGAGGGGUGACGGCGGUGAGUGGAGGACUCAGGGCUUCGGGGCUGCACCCAGUCCCCCCGCUUUCCACAGUGCUGAGAGGUCAGGAUCCUACUCCCACAGACCGGGCCCUACUCCCACAGAACAUGGCCCCAGUUCCCUCAGACCAGCCAACCAACGAAGGAUCUUGUCCCCAUUUUCCCCACUCCUUCCAAACGGGGUCACUCCUGCCAUCACUUUGCCCCCAGCGGCACAGGGGACAGAGGGGUCGGCGGUGGGGGGGAGCGCGGGGGGGAGGUGUGGAUAUCCCACCCACUCAAUGCACCCCUCAAACCCACCUCCCGAUCCACGGCUGUCCCUCACAGUCACUGCAGACGCUGCUAAUGACUACCCAGUGAUCGGACAGAGCCCACCUUGGGUCUGUUCCUCCAACAGCCUCAAAGUAAAUCUGGUGUAAGACUAUUCAGCCACACGAGGCUUCAUUGUGACCCAGACACGGGUCUGGUGGUAAAGACCCCCCCGCCCCCCCCCAGCUCUGUGGGAACCCCCUCUCUGUACAAAGUCCCCGACCUCGGGCAGUGAGGAGGGGGAGUGUGGGAGGAGGAGGGGGCGGGGUGUGGAGUGAGGGGGGGAGCAGCAGAGGGGUAGUGGUACGAACUUCCAUCCCCAGCCAGACUUGGUAACAAAAACCUGCUCGUCCGUGGCAAAGGGAGAAAUCCUCCCACAUUUUAUGGUCUGAUCGGCUUCUUUGCCCCAGACCCCCAUCCCCAGUAACCCCAUUCUCGCUGACGGUACCAGUCGCCAGGACAUCCCACAACUGACUCCCCUCAAAUACUCACCGGUCCCCAAAUAGAUUCAGAGAGGGAAAUCAGCAGGGAAACUGAGUCUGUACCAACCAUCAAAUCACCCAGUUACACUAAUCCCAUUUUAUUCUUCCAUCGUCUCCCCCAGAUUCUACCCCUCACCCACACACUGGGGGCAACGACAGUGGGAGGAAACCGGAGCACCCUGGGGAAAUUCACCCGGUCACGGGGAGAAACGUGCAAACUCCACACACACAGACAGCGCCCGAGGUCGGGAUCGAACCCGGGUCUCUGGCGCUGUGAGGCAGCGGCUCUACCCGCUGUGCCGCCCACUGUUCCUUGGCCCAGUUUGGGAGGACAUGGAGCCUCCUUCCUGUCCACCUCCAGAACCAGACCGUGGGUCUGUGGCCCCUGAGCAGUGUAAUGUCGACUGAUUAACUCCAUGAUGGGGUCCAGUUUUGGGGCAGUGGUCAUUUUUUCCUGGUGCUUCCUGCCUGUGGGAUUAACAGGGCCUCUGCAUUUGUCCGCAAUCCCGCAGACUGCAGCGUGACCCAUGUCCCGAGGUGGGACCAUUUCAUCCAGAGUCACGUAUUCAAAACUUGCCAGGAGUCUGAAGAAUUUAAAUCUGAGUAAUUCAAUAAAUCUUUAAUGGAAAGCCGGUGUGAGCAGCGGGGACUGGGAAAUGAUCGGAUUAUUUUAAGAUCCAUCCGACUCAAUAAACCCAUUUCAGGGAAUGAAAUCUA